UGCACCCAUAUCACAUUUUCAGAAAACCUGAGGGGAACUACGGGUUUAGAAUGACUUCGCCUCCGCCUCUUUUCUCGUUCGAUCGUCUACGGCCUCCGCUUCCUCUCUCCUUCGUUCUUCUACGCCCCUGCCUCCGCCUCUGCUUUUUCGAUUGUCUGCCUUCCUCCUCCUCCUCUGCUUUUUCGAUUGUCUACCUUCCUCCUCCUCCUCCUACUUGGCUCUUCUCCUCAGCUAUCAGCUAUUUCAUACCCAGAAGUGUUGGAUCCUGAGCAAGCAGUGAAAGGGCUAUCUGGUGUGAAUUGGAAUAAAUAAAAAAAAUUUGCUGGGUUUUUGAGACUUGUGAUGUUAUUCAUCAGUAUUCAUGCCUGGUUUCUUCUUGCAAUAAUUUUGUUGAUUGUUGUAGGAAACUCCGCUCUCAAACAUAGACAAUGAACAAUUGAGUUGACAUGCUGCUGGGAGAAUUGUUUGCAAUGCAGAGAAGACUUGUCUCUUACUUUUGUGAUGAUGAACUGGCUUCAGGAUUAUGGCCUUCGUCUACUGAAGGGAAAUUGCUAUUUGAUCCUGUUAUAUCUUUUAUGGGACAAACAAAUGAGGGAAGUAGUGUUGAUUCAUCACAGAAAGCUGAGUCUUCAGAGCAUCCGCCAAAGGUUGACAAAUCAUCAGGGGAAUCUGAAUCUCCACAAAAACUCUCUACUGUUGAGGCAAAGGAAGGGGUCAAAACAGAAACUUUACAACACUCUUCAACUGAACAGAUGGCUGAUAAGGAGGAAACUGAAGUUGUCAAGGAAGAAACAGAUGAUAAGCAUGUUGCGACGGUGGAGGAAACAGAGACUGUGGUAGCAGAGCCUGAAAAAUCUGAAUCUGAAUCAUCUUCACUGCCAGUUGAGCCCUUUGAACCCACUGUUAAGAAUGAUGGCCCAUCAGAAUAUGUGGGUUCUCAAGAUGACAACAAGAUUUCAGUAGUGGGACCCUCAGUAAAUCCAGAAACAAUGCAGGGUAAGUCAAGAGCUGUUGAGGUAGAUCAAGUUGAGGAGGGUCAUACUGUUCUUCCGCGUGAGGCACAUGAUGUUGAUGUGGAUGAACAAAAGACACAAGUAGAGCAGAAGGAUGGACAUAUGACUCAGGCUGGAGAGAUUGUUGAAACAGUUGCUAUGGUUGAAGCUGAGUCUCCAACUGAUAGCCAGCCUGGAGGUUUUCCUCUUUGCUAAUUGAGAAUCAUGUGCAGUUAUGAUUUUAGAUUUGUAGAUAACCUGUUGUUGCUGAUAUUGCUACACGGGAGGAGAACAGAACAACUUGGAAAAUGUGCAAGAAGGGAGAGCUAACUCAUACAACGAAGAACAAAUUGAUGAAGUUAAGAUCAAAUUAGUAGAAUUUGUGAGCUCUCCAUUAUUUAUAAUUAUAGGUAGGAAGUAUGUAUGUAAUAGAGCAAAGAUUGGUUGACUAUGUAAUAACAAUUGAAUUGUCAAGUUUUAUGAAAGAAAUAAUUUUUGCUUCUU